AGUGCCGAGCCAACUUCGCCCAAGAGCCAAGAAGCUUCCGCUGAAGAUGGAGCUGCAGCGGCGAGCGAUGGCUCAGACCCACCGGUUCCUGCUCCUCUUCCAUGCUGCCGUCCUGGCCGGGCUCGCCUCCGCCUCCGCGUCGCCCUCCGUGUCCGUGUCUGACAGCGUAUUCCAGGCCAGCACCGGAUCGACAUCGACGGGGAGGAGGAGCUUGCUGCAGACCAAGAGGGACUGCCCUAUGAGCUUCGAGACCCAGAACUACACGAUCCUCACAAACAAGUGCAAAGGGCCACAAUACCCUCCUAAUGAAUGUUGUGAAGCUUUCAAGGAAUUUGCAUGCCCAUUUGCCGCGUACAUCAACAACCAGAGCACUAACUGUGCAGACACAAUGUUAACCUACAUCAACGUCCAUGGCUCGUACCCGGCAGCCCUAUUCGCCGACGAGUGCCUCAAAGGCAAGGAAGGGGUUUCUUGCGAAGGCAUCCCAGAGAUAGGCACCGGCGUGCCAAGUGGUGGGCGACGAGCUCAAGGGAGUUCGCCACAUCCUUUGGUCGCUCUCUUGUGUGGAAUAGGAGCAUUGCUGUUCCAUUGAGUGACACCUUGCAGUUCUACAAAGAUGGUGUGAAUUUCAGGUGUAAGUUGUAAGUAGUAUCUACCAACGAUUAGGAUUCAUUUGCAUCUCCUUGACGCUCUCUUGAUGUUAAUUGUGAUUGGACAUUGGCUUCAUACUUGACAGUAGAUGUUCUAUUGCUGUAGUAUGCCCUUUUGUUAUAGAACA